AUGGCCUUCACCACAACAACCCACACCAUCCCCGCCUCCUACCCCCGCGAGCACCUCCGCGGCACCACCCCCCACUCCCCGCGCCUCCACCUCGUCAUAAACCAAUACACACCCCUCUCCGCCACCCCCCCCUCCCCAGGCGACCUAACCCUCCUCUUCUGCCACGCCAACGGCUUCCCCAAAGAGCUCUACGAGCCCUUCUUCACCGACCUGCACUCCGCCUACAGCGCCAGCAGCCAGCGCAUCCGCUCCAUCUGGGCGCUCGACGCCGCGCACCAAGGCGCCUCCGGCAUCCUCAACGAGCGCCACCUCGGCGACGAGCCCUCCUGGAACGACCUCCCGCGCGACGUCCUCCACGCCGUCAACACGGCGGCGCUGAUGCACCCGGGGCUGUUUGAGGCGCUGGUGCUGCUGGACCCCGUGGUGGAGGAGAAUGAGCGCUUCCCGCACGUGGCCAGUCAUCCGGCGGCGGCGACGGCGCGGAGGAGGGAUGUGUGGGCCGGGAUGGAGGAGGCGGAGAGGUUUAUUAGGGGGAGGCCGUUUUAUAAGCGCUGGGAUCCGAGAGUGGUGGAGCUGUAUCUAAAACACGGCUUCCGCGCGCUCCCAACCGCAAUCUACCCCGACGCCACCGGCGUCACCCUCGCAACGACAAAGCACCAGGAAGUGUACACCUUCCUCCGGCGCAUGCCUGACGGUACCCUCGGGCGUCCCGAGCCGGGCGUGACCUUCCGGGCGCUGAAGCAGCUUGUUCCGCCGGUGCUCUACAUUGUCGGCAGCGAGUCGACGGUCUGCAUACCGGAGGUGAACCAGCGGAAGAUGGAGAACACGCCCAAGGCGGAGAUGGAAAUGGUGGAGGGCGCCGGACACCUUGUUCCGAUGGAGGCGCCGGGCGAGACGGCGGCGCUGGCGGCGAGGUAUUUGGUGAGGCUGGUGAAGAGGUGGGGGAAGGAGGUGGAGAAGGAUGAGGGGGUGGUGAGGGAGAGGGUUCUGGGGGAGGAGUGGUUGGGGUUGUUGGCAAAGUUGUAG